AUGUACAAAAAAACCAAACAACAUAUAUUUAAAAAUUAUACAUCACGUCGGAUUACACCAAAAGUUAUUAAACUUAAUAACGCUACUGAUACCACUGAAUAUGAUGGUGAUUAUGAAUACGAAUACCUUAAAACUACAACAACGUAUUUUACAAAACAAAACCAAGGACAAGAAAAAAUUUAUAAUGACAUUAUUGAUAAAGAAUUUAAAAAGAAAGUUAUUAAAGCAACACAAGAUCUUGAAAUACUAAACACGUACAACAUAUGGUUUUAUCGAAGAUUGACAGUUUGUGAUCCGGAAUUUGUUCAUGCAAAUAUCAAACUAAUUACAAUGAACGAUAUACAAAAUGAUUUAAAUCAUAUUUUAUCUGACGAAUCCUCUUUCUUUAGCGUUCAAAUACUCAAAGUCGAUGACAGGGAUGAUGAUAAACUUGAAAGCAAAGAAAAAAACUAUUUAGAAAAAGUAUUUAGCAGUAGUAACAACAGAUCACUUUUAUUAGAAUUAAUAAAUAAUCUUCGAUUAUUAAUAAAUUACUUUUUAUAUGUUGGUAGUGAAUCUCAUUAUCCCAAUAACGUCACUGAAAAAACUCCAAAUCUUAUCAAACUUUUGGAUUUUGUGAAGAAAGUAUUCAAUUAUGUUAAAGAGUUGAUGCAGGUUGCUUGGUAUAAUAACAAUGUAAGGACAAGAACUGACAGUGACAAUCGACGAAAAUUUAGAAAAGCUUGGUACAUUGUAUGGGAUGAAUUGGACAAAUAUUGUAACAAUUUAUAG